GACAACUAUUAGUAGUAGAUCGAUUACUAGAUCAAUUCCGGCUACAAGCAGAGUAUACUACUAAGUUCACGUCCAGAGAAUCGAUCAGGGGCAGAACGGUUUGCUUGAGCCUAGCUUUGCACUGCGUUCGUCGGAAAGUACUUGACAUCGGGACUGGGCCAACACGCAUUUGCUUAAGUUUGCUUGGUUAUUAAUUGGUUUCUCGGCAGGACACAUGGCUAUGCUGCUAUACGAAGCACCCACAGGCAUCGCAAUUUUCUCUUUUGAUGGGGACUACCUGAAUGAUCCGGUGGAGGACUUCUGGGAAUGCUUGCCACCACUUAAUCUGGAGGAAUUCAUAAAAAAUGAGACGGUGCCUUCCCCCCUUGACACCAUGGCUAAAGCUAUUGACGAUCACCUAGCCAAGAGGCUAACUGAGCUGUGUGGUUCUGAAAAGAAAUUAGUUGUGGGGAAUGUUGAAUAUAAAAGAAUAAUUGAAAUGAACCUGAGAAUAACAUGUCUGCAUGUUCAUGUUCCGGAUUGUAAGGUGGUCAUUUGCAGUCUGAAGAAUCCCAUGUAUACUUUAUUGCCUAGAAUGCUACCAAAUCCGGAUGAAGAUUUAAUAUUCUUCUUAAAGCAACAUUACAUUGGUUGCAAGCCUGAGAUGCAUCUAUAUUAA